AUGGAUCGGCUCAUUCCCACCAUCAACAAGCUGCAGGAUGUGCUCAACAUUGUCGGGGAGAACAGCGAGAUUCAGCUGCCCCAAAUCGUUGUUGUGGGCGCCCAGGCAUCAUCGCCCGCUGACCACCCCGCCCUGCGCAUGUCUCACGAGCAGAGCAGUGGCAAAAGUUCCAUUCUGGAGAACGUGGUCGGCAAAGACUUUUUGCCUCGUGGCACAGGCAUUGUCACUCGCGUGCCCCUCGUGCUUCAGCUCGUCCAAACCGCCGAUGAUGAAUGGGCCACCUUCCAACACGCUGGUGGCAAGGUGUUUCGCGACUUUGAACAAGUGCGCCAAGAGAUUGUGGAUCAGACUGAACGCAUCACUGGGCCCGGCAAGGCUGUGAGCAACGAGCCCAUUCAUCUGCGGGUGCACUCCCCCAACGUUGUCAAUCUGACCCUGGUGGAUCUGCCCGGUCUCACCAAAGUGGCCGUGGCUGACCAACCUCAAGAUAUUGGCCCGCAAAUUCGCCGCCUUGUGCGACACUACAUUGACAACCCCAACAGCCUCAUCCUUGCCGUCAGCCCCGCCAAUGCAGACAUUGCCAACUCUGACUCGCUCCAAAUCGCCAAGGAGGUCGACCCCCAAGGGGAUCGCACCCUUGCCAUCGUGACCAAACUCGACCUUAUGGACCGCGGCACCGAUGCCAAGGCCCUUCUCUCUGGCGAAGUGCUUCCCGUCAAGCUUGGCAUCAUCGGUAUUGUCAAUCGCAGCCAGAAUGAUAUCAAUUGCAAGACCUCGAUUCAGGAUUCACUGGACAACGAGAAGCGCUUCUUCCGUACCCACUACCCGGAAAUGGCCGACCGUUGCGGUUGCGCUUUUCUUGCCGAUACCCUGCAUCACCUCUUGCUCCAACACAUUCGCGCCUGCCUGCCUGAUCUCAAGCAGCGUAUCAAGAGCCUCCAGAUUCAAACGCACAAGCGUGUGCAGGAGCUUGGUGAGCCGUUGAAGGAUGACGCCACACGCGGUGCCACGUUGCUCACCAACAUCAUGCGCUACGCAGAGGCGGUCAAAGCUUCCAUCAGCGGAUCGGGUGCCAUGAUGCGCGCCAGCGAUGAGCAGCUCCCCCUCUCGACGGGUGCUCGCAUCUACCACAUCUUCCACUACACGUUUGGUGGCGCGCUCAACAAGAUGGACGCCAUGGAAGGCCUGGACUCGCAAAAGAUUCUGGCCGAGAUUCGCAACGCCGCUGGGCCUCGUCCUUCCCUCUUCAUCCCCGAAGCCGCAUUUGAGGCCCUGAUCAAGAAGCAGAUCCAGCGUCUCGAGUCCCCAAGCGUGCAAUGCGCUGAGCUCAUCCACGAGGAGCUUCUGGCCGUGCUCCGCCAAUGCCUCAAGCUUCGUGAGCUUGCUCGCUUCGAGGCUCUCCGGGAACGUCUCCUUGACUGCGCUCGCAAGUUUCUCGAGCGCUGCCUUCCCCGUACCCUGGACAUGAUCCGCAACCUGAUCCACGUGGAGAUGUCAUACAUCAACACGAAGCACCCAGACUUUGAGAACCCUCAGUCGCUGUUUGCCACUCCGCGUGCGCCAGUGGCUGAACCUGUGGCCAUGCUGCCCGAGGACCUCUCCCCGGGCACGGAGCGCCUGGAGGACUAUGGUCCCAAUGCCAAGCCCGCUCGCAAAGAAGCCAAGGGUGGUAACCCAGGGUUUUUCAACAUGUUGCUGAACAGCAUGAAGCGCCAGCCGGAGGAACCCGUGCUCAACUCCCCCUCGGUAGAGGAGAUCUCACAAGCCCUGCAGGACGACAGCUCACCCGAUGCCUCGCAGGAGACGCAGAUUGUGACCCAGCUCGUGACGUCCUAUUUUACCAUUGUUCGCAAGACCAUUACGGAUAUGGUGCCCAAGACGAUUAUGGCCUUCAUGGUGUCCCAGCUCCAGGAAGAGCUUCAUCACCAGCUGGUGCAAGAACUGUAUGGCGCCGGCGCCGACCUGAGCCUGCUUGAUGAAGACCCCCGUCUGGUCAAAGAGCGCACGGCCGCGAAAGAAAAACUGCGGGUGCUCGAUGAAUGCAACACGAUCGUCUCGCAAAAAUAUCGAUUCAACUCGAGCACGUUAUGGCACGGCUACGGAGCGGUACUUCUGACUGAGCUCAUUCAUCUGAUGCGUAACCGUCGUUCAAAAAUUGAUCUAUCAGGCGCAAAACACUGA